AAUAAUGAAAAUAUUGAAGGUUUUGUAUGUGAAGUUGAAAGUGUAAGUGAUAAUAUAGAAUUAAAUAUUUAUAACCAGAAUGAAUUGAUUGAAUUUAGAAAAGCUGAGCUAGAGGAGGAUAAAAAAGUGUUUGAAUCUUUAAUAACUAUCGUUUCAGAAAAUAUUCAAAACGAUCGUUUUUAUGAUGUAUAUGUAAAACUGAAACGAACCUUAAUCUCUGAAACAGUAGCCUGUCAGGAGGCUUUAAGAGCUAGAAGGCAACAAAAAACCUGGGACCCUCCUCGUGGAUCAAAACUUGCCUUCUAG